AUGAUCAAAACAAUUCUUGCUACCAUUGCAGCAAUUUCAACUUCAAUUGGUUUUGGAGUUUUGGCUACACAACCCACGAGACAAGAUCCUUAUGGGGAAUCUGUUAUUUCACAAAAUUCGAAUAAUCCUUCGUCUAUUGUUCAAACUAAUCUAGAUGCCGCUAUCAAGUAUGAAAAUUUGCAGCGUGAAGUUGAAAUUAUCAAUCAAAAAAUUCAAGAUUUAAUGUCACAACUUUCCACUCAGGGAAAAUUAAUCGAAACUUUGAAAACUAAACUGGAAAUGGUAGAAUUGAAAUGGGUAACUUCUAUUGUGGAAUUAACAAGGAAACAAGAUGGAGUUAUUUGGACUUGUUUGAUUGCAGGAGGUGGAUUAUUAACAAUUUUCCUUAUUUACAAGUUUAUUUUAAGGAAGAAGAAAGUUUUUUCAAAGUUAUUCGAAACAAAUUCAUCUCCUCCUCAGAAAGUCCCAAAUCCAAAACCUUCUACAAUUCUGUACUAUUACCUUGCAGAGAAGGAAUUUUUUGAUGUACAUUUUCAAAAAAUACUCUCCUCACUCAAUUCUCAUUCGAAUGUUAAAUUUGAAAGAGUUUCCAAUCAAUCUCAAAGUCAUUUCACAAUUCUAAACUUUAGCAAUAGACAGAGAAUGGGUAAUAACGUUCCAGAUUCCAUCAAUCAAUACCUUUCCAUUGGUGGGAAUGUGAACAGCACUGAAUGGGCUAAUAAUGAAGUGAGAUUAUUUAGUGAUGAGAAUGGAAAUGUUGAUUGGAAUGAAGAUGUCAUUGAAACUCUUAUUAAGCUGGGAAAUAAAUUAGAUUAA